AUGUCUCCCUCCCCUGAUUUGAAUGGGUCAUCGGAUUCUGAUAACAUGAUUUCUCCAUCCCUGGAUCCAUUUUUUCAACAGAGGCUGGUUAAUGCACCCCUUAUGCAGCAAGAGCAUGCACCCAUGGGAGGAAAUGGUCUGUUGAGUGCAUAUAUGUGCCUCAAAGAGCAGGUUAAAGCCUCACUGAAAUCUCUAACGCUAACUCUAGACCCAGCCAACCUCAGUACCUUCUCCCCUCAGAGUCUGCCUGUGACACUGAAAGUGAAGGAAAUCACAGUCCCAUCCUACCAUCGUGCUGACUUCCUGAGUGAGUUCAUAUGGACGAAGGAAGACUGGAAGAAGUGCCAAGAGAAACCAUCAACCCAGCUUGAAAAGUCACACCUGCUGCAUUACAUCAUUGACAAGAAUAACAAGCCUAUUCCCUUGGAGUGUGUCACAGCAAUCCAUACCACAUCCCAACAGGUGUUUGUGGAUAUCUGGAACAUCAAGGAGGCGCCCAAAAGUUGGGGAGCUGCAUCAGGGUCUACCAGUAAGCUGUACUACCAAGAAAUGGUAACAUUCUUCCCCAAGCUUGGCUACUGCAAUGGCAACUGGAAAUAUGAUGCCAUUGCAACUGCUAGCUAUACCUCUUGGCACAAGAAUCACAUCAACCACUUGGCUCUUGAAGGGACUUACAAGCCAACAGCAGAAGAUAUCAUUGACUUCAAUAAUCUCGAGACACUAGACUCUGAUGACACUGACAGUGCCACUGGUGAUGUGAAGCCCCAAAAAUGGACUCAUGACUCUGACCCACUUAGCAUCACAUCAACUUCCAGCAAGAAGCAGAAGUCAUUGGAAAUAUCUAUCCCUGAACACAGAUCACCAUCACCACUGCACCUGGACUUGGAUGACAUGGACUUAACCAGUGACCUCCUCAAACUAGAUGAGAAUACCCCAAUGGCAGAGUCACAACCCACUGAGCUUGGCCAUUCUGACAACAUACAAGUUUCAAUCACAGAUAUCACCAAGCCUGCUAGUUCCUCAAACAAGACGCCUGCAUCCAGAUACUUGUUUGUAGUUCCAUGCAUGGCCAUUGAAAUUUGCAAACCUGCUUGCGGAUCAACAGUCCUUGAUUCCACCUUCCCCCUCCGAAGAUAUGAUACCGACUCAGUCUAUAGCCCCAGCGGAGGAACAGAUAUCCAUGCAGCUGACCAGUGA